AUGGCCAAGGGAGGAAAUUCCAAUCAUGAAGCAUUGGGCAAUGAAUCGCGGCAAAAUGGAAAAUGUCCAAUUGCAAAGUUAUAUAGGGCCGUUGGUGGUGUUUUGCCACUUGUUGCGAAGGUUUUUCAGCCACCUCCAGGGAUGAAAUUCAGGUGCCCGCCUGCAGUGAUUGCAGCCCAGGCAGCACUUGCACAAACUGCCUUUGCCAAGAACCUCCGCCCUCAAUCCUUGCCCACAAAAGUACUGGUGAUAGGGAUGUUAAGCAUGGCAGCAAAUGUUCCUUCAGGGAUAUGGAGGGAACAUGCUGAAAAAUUCUCACCAUCUUGGUUUGCAGCUGUUCCUUUCAUAGCCAUGCUUAGGAAAUCUGUCUUGAUGCCUGAGACAGCUAUGGCUUUUAUCAUUGCGUCAUCUGUAUUAGGUCAGGUUAUCGGCUUUAGGGCAGAACGUAUCGAUUUAAAGCAGUAG